GUGUGCCAUUCUGGCAUUUUCAUCGUCAGCAUUCCAGCCGUCUGAUGUCAUAGCACUGAAAACUCCCACAUAUCCUUCCGCAGUGGCGAUAAUAUAAAGUGUUGCUUUUUGUUUUAGGUAAUAUUACCAGUUAUGUAAUUCAAGUAAGUUUGUUGCAAAAUUCGUGCGUUCGGUAGCUCCAUUUUGACGAAUAGCAACGUUUAGGAGGAUAUAGGUCUGAUAUAGUGCUGCGGAUGUAGACGGAACCACUUGUUGCUCUUCCAAUCCCAGGAAGCGAAACACGCUUGGAGCUGGAGUGAACUGUUCGACCAAAGCAUGGGGCGCUUCUUUAGUUUUGGUCCACUGAGGAACAACAGACCAUAUUACAAGCUGCAUCAAACUCUUACCCCUACUGAAAGCACCUAUAUCAAUUGAGUUCGACGACAAGAUCUUUAAGGACCGACUAAUAGUUGGACUUCUACCCUGCAUUUGGCAGCUAACGGUCUGUCAGUUAGCGAUGGUCCCGCGCGCGCAGAGGAGAGGAAGGCUUUCUAUGGACUAAACCAACAGCAGGCCGGCCCGUGAGAAGCGUGAAUCAUGCCCUUGCCAUUCGGCCUGAAACUCAAAAGGACUCGAAGGUACACCGUGUCAAGCAAGAGCUGUCUUGUCACUCGGAUUCAGCUGCUCAAUGGCGAGUUUGUUGAGUUCACACUGUCGGUGGAGAGCACCGGACAGGAAUGUUUGGAGGCAGUAGCCCAGAGACUGGAGUUAAGAGAGAUAACGUUCUUCAGUCUGUGGUACUUCAAUAAACAGAACCAGCAGAGAUGGAUUGACCUGGAUAAGGCGCUGAAAAAGCAGCUGGACAAGUAUGGGCUGGAACCCACAGUUUACUUUGGAGUUGUGUUUUACGUUCCCACUGUCACCCAACUGCAACAGGAAAUCACAAGAUAUCAGUAUUACCUACAGGUGAAGAAGGAUAUCCUGGAGGGGAGGGUCUCGUGUUCGCUUGAUCAAGCUAUACGUCUGGCUAGUCUGGCUGUGCAAGCUGACUUUGGAGAUUUCAAUCAAUAUGAUUCUCAGGAAUUCCUUCAGAAGUUUGCUCUGUUCCCUAUUGACUGGAUUCAGGACGAUCGAGUCCUGGAGGAGGCUACUCAGAAAGUGGCUCUUUUUUAUCAGUCUUUCCGAGGGUUACCUGCUCCAGAUGCAGAAAUGUUGUACAUGCAGGAAGUUGAGAAAAUGGAAGGAUAUGCUCAAGAGAACUAUCCCGCAAAGGACAACACAGGCACAGAUGUUACUCUGGGUUCCUGCCUUGAUGGUAUCUUCGUUAAGUAUAAAAGCGCUCGCCCGCCUCUGUUGUACAGGUGGCAUGAAAUUAACAACAUGAGUCACAAUAGGUCCUUUUUUGCCCUGGAGUUGGCCAACAGAGAAGAAAGUGUUCAGUUCCAGACAGAGGACAUGGAAACAUCUAAAUAUGUGUGCCGGAUGUGUUUGGCCAGAUUAAAGUUCUAUAAGAUCAACAAGAGCAGCCUAGAGGAGUGUGACACCCAAACUUCUGAGGGCUCCCAGAAGUCUCUUCUUACUUUGUCCUUUCCUCGUUUUCCCAUGCUCUCUCGUACCUCUCUGCUCUCUAAUAAGGGCCAAACCCAGUCUACAGCUCUAAACACAGUCAGACGGAGAUCUUCCACCAGAAUAUCUCUGUCCAAGCCUCAGGCUUUCAUGAUGCCCCCCCCACAAAUGCACUACAAUGGUCAUUUUACAGAGCCUUACUCAUCAUCACAGGAUAACCUGUACCUCAACACUCAGAAUGGGCUUUACUACCACUCUCAGACCAGCCUGGACCGGUCUCCCCUUGAGUACGGCAGCGGAGGCCGCUUGCGUAACGGCAGCGUGUACAGCGCCCACAGCACCAGCUCACUGACCAACCCUCAGCACUACCUGCAGCCCUCACCCAUGUCCUCCAACCCCUCCAUCACCAGUGACAUCACCAGACCCGACUACGUUCCGUCCCAUCGCCACAGCGCUCUCAUCCCUCCCUCGUAUCGCGCCACUCCUGACUAUGAGACCGUGAUGCGUCAGAAGACCCGGGGCACAGGGGGAGGAAUGCUUCUGUCUCAAGAGCAUCGGCAGAGCCACUCCAUGAGGAACUUGAACAUUGGGAACUCUUAUGCUUACAGCAGACCAGACCCUCUAGUUUACAGCCAACCAGAGAUAAGGGGCGAGCACGGAGAGAUGUCCCAGUCGCACCACUACCCUUUUCACCUCGGCUCUAGUUUCCAUAGCCCCUCACCUUACCCCUACCCUCCAGAGCGUAGGCCCGUUGUGGGGGCAGUCAGCGUCCCAGAGCUCACAAAUGUCCAGCUGCAGCAGGCGCAAGAGUAUCCCGCUCCGAACAUCAUGAGGACACAAGUGUACCGACCACCGCCUCCUUACCCGUAUGCUUACCCUCGUCCUGCUAACAGCACGCCAGAUCUGUCUCGCCAUCUGUACGUCAGCAGCAGCAACCCUGAUCUGAUCAUCACCAGGCGCGUGCACCACUCAGUCCAGACUUUCCAAGAGGACAGCCUGCCCAUUGCUCAUUCUCUGCAGGAGGUCUCCGAGCCUCUGUACAGCGGACCUCCCCCCAGGCAGCCGUACCACAGUCACAAGCGCAACUCCAUUGAGAUCGCUGGUUUGGCACAGAGCCUCGAGGGGGUGAGGUUCCAAGAGCGGACGUUACCCUCCUCAGCAGCAGAAACGAACACUCCCCCUCCAGCGCCACAUGGUGGUCCCUCCCAGGGCUCGCAGCUGAACGUGUUUCUGGAGCAUUCGAACACCGAGGAGAGGGGAGACGUCAAACAGGAGGUGCGAUACGGACACAAGAAGUCCCUCUCUGAUGCCACCAUGCUAGUUCACAGUAGUGGAGAAGAGGAAGAGUUUGAGGACGAUGGCGGACGUCACACUCCACUUUCAGAGGAGGCCAUAUCCGCCAUUGUUCCCGAGCAGCAGCCACAGCCCCGUCACAGCCUGCCAUCUCCUUCACCUCUCCCGCCUCAACAUCAAACCCACAUAGAGCCUCCUCCUGCGUAUCCUAUCGGCUCAGCGCUGGACCCUUCCAUGACCAGCUCUAUAACCUACAAAGUUCACCCCCGCAUACAAGAAAGCGAGCCCCUUUACCUCCUGCAAGACCUGAGGCAGCCCAGGAUUAUGCCCUCGGUGUCGGAGGGAAACCUGAGCGACCAGGCCAAGAUGAAGCCAAAGAAAGAGCUGAAGAAGAGGCCCGUGUCUGAUGUUCCUUCUGGGAAGAACACUGUGGAGGGUCUGCCACCUGCGGGAAUGAAGAAAGGACUGAGGUCAGAGGUCAGGAACAUGGGCCCCCUGAAGAUGGCACACCUGAACGGACUGUCUGUGUCCAGACAGCCGGUGUAUGAGGAGGCCAAGGAUGACCCGGAGCGAGCGUCUAACGAUGACAGGUGUAAACUGCUGGAGCAGCACAUGGAGCGGGGCGAGCUCCUACGAGAGUUUGAGAACAUCCCCAAGCGUCGCCCAGGGGGGGAGUGCACCAUCGCCCUGCAGCCGGACAACGGAGACAAAAACCGUUUCCAGGACGUUCUGCCAUACGAUGACACUCGCGUGGAGCUGGUUCCCACUAAAGAGAACAACACGGGUUACAUCAACGCAUCACACAUUAGGGUGACGGUCGGUGGACAGGAUUGGAAUUACAUCGCCGCGCAGGGUCCCCUCUCAAACACGUGUCAGGACUUCUGGCAGAUGGUGUGGGAACAGGGCAUCUCCAUCAUCGCCAUGGUUACGGCUGAAGAGGAGAGCGGGCGAGAGAAGAGCUUUCGAUACUGGCCCCGAAUCGGCUCACGGCACACCACGCUGACUUUUGGUCGCUUGAAGAUCACCACGCGCUUCCGCACCGAGUCUGGCUGCUACGCCACCACAGGGCUGAAGAUCAAACACCUCCUGACGGGACAGGAGAGGACGGUGUGGCACUUGCAGUACACGGACUGGCCCGACCACGGCUGUCCGGAGGACUUCAAAGGCUUCCUCACCUAUCUGGAGGAAAUCCAGUCUGUGAGGAGACACACAAACAGCAUCAGUGACCCAAAGCAGACCAUCCCGCCUGUGCUGGUCCACUGCAGCGCCGGAGUGGGGCGAAGUGGGGUCGUCAUCCUGUCUGAGAUCAUGAUCGCCUGUCUGGAGCACAACGAGACGCUGGACGUUCCAAAGGUCCUGAUGGCGCUGCGGGCUCAGAGGAUGUUGAUGGUUCAGACCUUGUCUCAGUACACCUUCAUUUACAAAGUCCUCAUCCAGUACCUCCGUAACUCCAGGCUCAUCUGAUCUGGGGUGCAUGUAGCAUCAGUGUAGCUUUUCCACACGACGAGAUGCUGAAACCAAACUUCUUUUGAAUCCAUUUUCGGCCAAGUAUUAACUUUCUUUGAAGGACGCUUGGAGACACGAAGGAUAAAACGGCACAUGAAGAAACUCGGACUGUGAUCUGCUUCUAAACAGUGUUAUAAACAGAUGUGCUUCAUACCAACCAGCACUUUCAUAGUAUUGAGCUGCACCUAGAAUAUUAAGCAAAUCCUGGAAAUGUAUAGAUGUCUACUGAAAACGGCUGAUUACUUUGCUUUUGACUUGGGUCACUUUUUUAAAGCCGAAUGACUUGGAGUGCUUUGAAAAUGAGAAAUACAUGAAAGGUAUGUGUCAUGACGCAAAGAUAAAAACUCAAACUUCUGGAUAUGACAUAUUUACUUCCUGCAUUAUUAACAGGUUUGCUUUUCCCUUAAAGGCAGUUUACAAAAAAAAGCAGAUUUGCUGAAGGACGGACUGUUGGCUUCAUUCUGCACUGACGGGAACUGUGAUGUAGUGACGUGUUGCACAUUUUCAUUCUUAACUGGAAAGCUUUAUCUGAGCGUUCAACUUUUAAAGCUAUUGUUUUUACGACAAAGUGCCGAAAUGUUAGCGGUGGCACGGCAGAAGGGAUGGUCUGGAUACGGGCAAAGUAUGAAGGAGAGCAGCAUUCUAGAUGAGGCGUAGCUUCAGAGUCCUGCUGCUGAAACGACACAGCGUUGGUUCAUGAAGGAGCAGCUACAGAAACGGGAGGAAACGGAUGCUCAGGAGAGACUUUUUCACACUUAAACACCUUCCAUGGUAUUAAUGAACGCCUGUAUCAUCACGCCAAACUAGAGUCAGACUGAGCGUUUAUUUACCGAGGCUGUAAAAUAGGAACUAAAUCUGCACAAAAACUAUGUUUACAGACGCUACGCAUAAACUAAAGCUAUCCUCUCCCCAACAAUUACAGGUCAUUUCGCUCUGAUUUCUCGUAUCCAAAUCUUUCCUGGUAGAUUUUUCAUUGCCUUUUUUGUGUCUUUUUUUGUGCAAUUUUAUAAAAGAUUUGAGUAAACAGGAGGGGAAAAAAAUGCUUUUGUUAUUGAACUGUAAACGUUUAUGUACAGGAAUGCUGUUUAUAAUGUACACUAUGUAAAAUUCUGCUUUAACUAUUGGUUACUGUAUAAACUAAUGAAAAACAUUUUCAAAUUGUCUCAUGAAAGUGAUAGGCCAUGAAUAAACAUUUGGAGAAAAGU